CACCGAGCUAACCGCUUCGACUACUCUGCCAUUGACUGUUAAUUUACCUGUGUGAGUUACUGUCAUAUUAAGUGUAACAAUCCAAAUUUUCGGAUUAUCGGUAUUUCCGGUUUGCGCUUGGAAAACGAGUUGCGGUUUCUUCUAGUCUUGUUUACAAGCUAUGAUCUAAAGCUUAGCCCGAACAAUUGAUUGGACAUUUCUUGCAAGUUUUUCUUUUGGAACUCCCAUUUACACCAUUCAUCUUUUUGUUCGCCUUGGAAAGAUAUUCCUAAACAGCGAUCGCUUUUACGACAGUGCCUUGCUACCACGCGCACGGUUGGAGGAAUGGGACGUUUAAGUUACCCUCAAGAGUUGGACAGUCCGUCCCGGCAACUAGUGCUAGAUCUAGCUAGGGAUCUAGAGCAGCUUCGGGUUCACAAUACUGAGUUGAAGAAGGUCAAAGCCUAUGAACGCCGAUCUUUUUACGAAACUCUUGAUCGAAUCGAUAGUGAGCUCGAAGCCCAACAUAAUGCGGCCCUCGACAAAGUCGCCAAGCUACACGACCAAGUGCUGGAAGAAGCCGAGGAAACUCUGCGGGUACAUCAGCGAGAGGUAGAGGAAGAGAACCGCCGCAAGAAAGAAGAAGCCCGCAGAGAAGCGGAACGCAUCGAGCGUGAGAAAGCAGAGAAACUACGGCGCGAACAAGAAGAAACUGCGCGACGGGAGGCCGAGCGAAAGGCCGCGGAGGAACUGAGGAAGAAGGCGGAAGCGGAAGCGGAAAGGAAACGACAGGCAGCACAAGAGGAAAAGGAACGGAAAGAACGGGAGCGACUAGAGGAAGAGAUUCGAAAGCGUCAAGCAGAGGCGCAGAAGGCAGAUCAAAAAGCGGCAAGAUUGAGGGCGGAAGCUGCGCAGAAAUCACAGCAAGAACAACAGAAGAAGGUCGGGGGGGGCCGUCUAACUGCGGAGGAAAUCAAGGUGCAAACACGCUAUGUCGAGCUGCACCAGCAUCUCAAAAGGUUCAGGCAAUACCUGAAGGAUGAGGGGAAAUCCAACGCUGUAGUCAAACAGAACAUGGGUGACCUACGCCGAUCGAUCAAGAAAUGUGUUGGUCAGCUACGAGAAGGAAAGGGAGCCAACAAAGUUCAGCUCCAAGAAAUCCGUGCGACGCUCGAAAGAGCCGCUUCAAUCCCAGAGCCGUCUGUCGAUAUCCGCCAAUUCAUGGCCUUUCCGCCAGACGACAUCGCCAAUCCCGAAGAUAACAAAGUCCCGGCUCUAUUGGUCUAUGCCUUGAAUAUCUUCUCAAAAUCUUUGAUUUCGUCCCUAAUAACCGAGGCCUCUAUCAACUCCGGCCAUGCGGAGCCAGUCGGCAUUGUAGCCGCGCAAAUUUUCUCAACGGAGGCCUUCAUUUAUAAAGGUUAUCAUAUGGUUGACAUUUUGUGGGCCAAGUAUCGUGUCGUUUGCCCAGCACUCUGGGGAUUCUACGGCAACGAAAAGACCGAGGGCGGUAGACGUGCUUUAGGAUGGUGGCGCGAAGCCCCCGAAGGUCCUUUCAUCAGCGAACAGGGCCAUGCCGACCGAAUGACGGCCCUUGGUGCUGGUUUUGCUUCUCUAACCCUGCGCAAUUUUGGCAAAACCCCACGGAAGAACCCCUUCCCCAAUCACAUGUUUUGGUUUGCGAUGCAUAAGAUUUUGACGAUCCCCCCGAACGAGAUUCAGGAGACCCAUGUUAUCCUGCUGUCGGCCAUGCUUAAAUCUUCCGCCGAGAGGAUCGUAGGCUUCUUUGGCCAUAUGGGUUUGGCAUUGAUGAGAAUGGCCAUAGUCGACCUUCCCAACAAUGUCCCUCGUCAGACUAUGGGUGUCAAUCAACUGAAACUCCUCAAGGACUUGUACAAACGGGAGAAGAAUAUAAUCAUCUGAGCAAGGAUGUGACCGAAAGCAGUACCUUUUUCGUCAACGCAAGGGGAUUCUGGCUAGGGGCUUAUUGCGAGUUGUCAAUUUCACCGGUGGACAAAUGGAAGUGCGCAAUAUAAAUGUCGCACGAUUAAUCGAUUAAUACCGACAUAACCCCGAACUCUACCGAAUAAUCCCCGCCGUACGUCCGGCUUCCAGCCUAAGUGAGGCUGUUGGAAAAUCUCAUCAAAAUGCGGCAAACGAAAAAUAGUCGGAUCCUCAUGUCCAACUAGGCCUUGAUUUACAAAGAAUCACCGCAAAUGGGCAUUCUCAAAGGUUAAAAGAAAUGAAUGAUGUGUAACCAGCGCUAAAACCUGCAUGGCGCUUGAACAGGAUGAGCACUUAUCUCCUUUGCACAACGUCAACCAUCGGGGUGUUCGCAAGAUCCCAUAAUGACCGUUGCUAUAAGGUUAUUCUGG